CGGUGGGCGUAGCUCUGAGGAUGUGGUCACCCUGGAUCCCGCCCCCCGCUGCUCCGCUUAAAAGGUUAAAAACCAGCUGGGAGUGCGCUGCCCCCUACUUUGGACUUCCCUAUGGAUGCUUCCGGUGCUGUGGUCCCGGACGAGGCUCCCUGGAAAAAGAUGUCCGCAGAGGAGCUGGAGAAGCAGUACUCGCCCAGCAGAUGGGUCAUCCGACUGAAAGCAGAGGAAGCCGUGAAGACCUACGUGCAGACAGGAAGCCAGGCCACCAGGAAGGCCCGGGCCAUCAGGAAGAGGGAGCUGCAUGUCCCCUAUGGGCUUGGUGAAGGGGAGAAAUUGGACAUCUACUUUCCUGACAAGACAUCGGCAGCUUUGCCUUUCUUCGUGUUUAUCCAUGGAGGGUACUGGCAGAGCGGAAGUAAAGACGAAUCAGCCUUCAUGGUCAACCCGCUGACGGCCCAGGGAGUGGCUGUGGUGAUAGUGGCUUAUGACGUUGCGCCCAAAGGCACCCUGGACCAGAUGGUGGACCAGGUGACCCGCAGUGUCGCGUUUCUGCAGAAGCGGUACCCCAGCAACAAGGGAAUUUACCUGUGUGGACACUCUGCGGGGGCUCACCUGGCUUCCAUGAUGCUUCUGGCCAAUUGGACCACGCACGGUGUCACACCUAACCUCCAAGGCUUUCUCCUGGUGAGUGGGAUCUAUGACCUGGAACCCAUCCUGUCCACCUCACAGAAUGACCCUCUCCACCUGACGCUAGAGGAUGCUCAGAGAAACAGCCCGCAGCGGCGCCUGCAGGAGGCCCCCGCGCAGCCUGCGGAUCCAGCCUGCCCCGUGCUCGUGGUUGUGGGCCAGCAUGACUCCCCGGAAUUCCACCGGCAGGCCAGGGAGUUCUAUCAGAUACUGCACCAAGCAGGGUGGAAGGCCUCACUACAGGAAGUGCGGGAUGUGGAUCACUUUGAUAUCAUUGAGAAUCUGACCCAAGAGGGUGAUGUGCUCAUCCAGGUCAUUUUGCAGACUAUCUUCCAGAAGCCGUGAUGGCACCUGGACUUCAGGCGCACCGCAGAGACCUCUGGAACAGAAAUGACUGGGCUGUCCAGUCGUGGCUGCCCCCGGCCCAGUCUGCUCUGGGUACUGUGAAUGCUGGGAGGGACCUUGGUAUCCUCCCUUUUCCCAGCUUGGAUGGUGCUCCGGGAGGGCUCACAGGGUGGUGCUGGGAGAUACAGGGAGCCACCUCUCAGCCAAUUCUGCCCGCUGACGUGGUGUGACAUAAUGACUUACCUCUGCCUGCUGUCUAGGCCACUGUUAAAUUCAUAUGAACAUGAAGUGACUGGGGCUGUAACUCAGCGGCAGAGGCUUGCUGCCGGCCCCGCACUCGUCAGGCUUUGAGUCCACCCCCAGCACCACCAACAUGCACAGAUAACUGACGAAUAAAGAAAGAGUCACGGGCUGGCGAGAUUUCUCAGUGGUUACGGUGCUUGCUUGCAAAGCUUGAUGGCCUAAGUUUGAUUCCCCAGUACUCACAUAAAGCCAGAUGCACAAAGUGGGGGUGUGAUGGUUUGAAUUAGGUGUCCCCCAUAAACUCAUGUAUUCGGAAUGCUUGGUUCCUCAGCUGGUAGCAAUUUGAGAGGCGGAGCCUUGCUGGAGCUGUGCUUCGGCAGUGAACCUUCAGGCUUAUUAGCCCCUAGCUUGCCAGUGUUGGCUCACGCUCUUGUUGCUGCUUGCCACCUGCUGUGGCAGAGGUGAUGUCCAGCCUCUGCUCAUGCCACACAUUUCCCUGCUGUUAUGGAGUUUCCCCUCAAGACUGUAAGCCAAAAUAAACCCUUCCCUCCCAUCA